AUGCCCUCCGCGGGGACAUGGGAUGGCCCGGCCACCCACAGGCGCAACUCUUCGCGCAGUCGGGGGAUGGGGUCGAUCGCGGCAUGCGGCCCGGCGCGGCUGGUCCGGAGGUACCCCGCGCCGUGCGUGCGCGACGACUGGGGCAAGAUGCCGGAUGAGCAGGACGACCUAGUGUACCAGUUGAGGGAUUCUCUGAUGAUGAGGAAUGCCUACGAUCCAGAGGAACAUGAUUUUGCUCUUCUUUUGCGUUUCCUUCGGGCUCGUGAGUACGAUGUAGACAGGGCAACAAGGAUGAUGAUGGACAUGCUGCAGUGGCGGCAGGAGAACCGUGUGGACCAUAUCCUGGAUGAGUUCCACUUCGCUGAGAGGGAGGAGUUCCUGUCGAUCUUCCCCCAGGGCUAUCACAAAACAGACAAACAGGGCCACCCCGUGUACGUGCAACACCUUGGAAACAUCAACCUCACCAGGAUUCUGGAGGUGACGACAGAGGAGCGGAUGUUGAAGUACCACAUACAGGAGUACGAGCGCUGCCUGAAGUACAUAUUCCCUGUCUGCUCGAAAGUCUGGGGCAAGCAGAUCGACGCCACGUUUGCCAUCGUGGAUGUGAAAGGUGUUGGCUUCUACCACAUGACUAAGGAGGUUCGAAGCGUGCUUGCGAGGCUGACAAAAGUGGACUCAGACAACUAUCCUGAAACGUUGUACCACACGUGCAUAAUCAACGCACCCACCACUUUUAGGGCCAUAUGGGCCAUCGUGAAGCCCAUGCUGAACAAGCGCACACAAGGGAAGAUCGAGGUCUGCCCCAGAGAUUUCCUGCCCAGCCUGCGCAAGUGGAUCAAUGAUGAGGACAUUCCUGAGUACCUGGGCGGCAAGUCCAAGGGCACGCUUAUUGACGACGUGGGCCCCUGGCGCUCGCCAGAGCUGGUGAAGGAGGUAGAAGUGGAGAGGCUGGCUCUCAUGGAGGGGGAUGCAUCAGCCAGGUCGCUGCGACGGGAUGAAUGGACUCCCACCAGGCAGUCCAGUACACUGUCCAGUGCCACAGUUUUUGAGGAUGCCGAGGAUCGGGUCAUCGAUGAUAUUGCCGAUGAGGAUGGGAAUGCCGCUGUCGGCCCUGUGGACCCCCCUGCAGUGUCAGAACCAGCAUUGUCUGCUGGCGGGACGCCUCGCCGUGCGGCAUCUCUUGCAGCUCGCAUCCGUUCUCUGGAGGCUGGGCUGCCAGAGCACGUGUCACGUCUGCGUGAGGUCAUGAAGGUGGAUGAGAAGGAGCAGCUGAAGUACCUUUCGUCAGCGCCUCCCCGCUCCCUGAUUGGCCGCGUGGAAGUGUUGGAAGAAGGCAUGGAGCUUCUGCUCACGGCGCAGGAACGAUCAUGGGAGAUGGAGAACCCUGGGCAGCCGAGGUGCUCGCUGUGCGCCUGUUGUUCCAUAAUGUAG